GGUGGUGGACAAGCUGGAACUGCUGUGUGAGCAGCGGGCGCUGGAGGCCUUCGACCUGGACCCAGAGCUGUGGGGGGUGAACGUGCAGCCCUACUCCGGCUCCCCGGCCAACUUCGCUGCUUACACCGCUGUGCUGCGACCCCACGACCGCCUGAUGGGGCUGGAUCUGCCCGACGGGGGCCACCUCACACAUGGGUAUAUGACGGAUGCUAAGAGGAUCUCGGCCACGUCCAUCUUCUUUGAGUCCAUGCCCUAUAAGCUCGAUCCUGCCACAGGUCUCAUAGAUUACGCUCAGCUGGAGGUGACGGCUCGUCUCUUCCGUCCCCGCAUCAUCAUUGCCGGCACCAGCGCCUACGCGAGGCUCAUCGACUACGGGCGUAUGAAGAAGCUGUGUGAGGAGCUGCGUGCCUUCCUGCUGGCUGACAUGGCGCACAUCAGCGGUUUGGUGGCUGCCAAAGCCGUCCCGUCGCCCUUCGAGCACGCAGACCUGGUGACCAGCACCACGCAUAAGACGUUGCGCGGGGCCAGGUCUGGCCUCAUCUUCUACCGCAAGGGCGUGCGCUGGGUGGAGCAGAAGACGGGCCGGCAGACGCUGUACGACCUGGAGGACAAAAUCAACUUCGCUGUCUUCCCCUCGCUGCAGGGUGGGCCCCACAAUCACGCCAUCGCCGCCGUGGCCGUGGCACUCAAACAGGCCAAGUCGCCCCAGUUCCGGCAGUACUGCCUGCAGGUGCUGCGCAACGCCAAGGCCAUGGCCAGGGCUCUGCUGCAGCGUGGGUACACCUUGGUGUCAGGUAGGGUCUGCCUGGGGAGGGAUGCGGCGCUGCGGGGUUGGGAACGAUCCCCUCUGUCCCCAGGGACCCCCGCGCUGACGUCGCGUGGCUUUGGGGAGGAGGAUUUUCAUAAAGUUGUGGAGUUCAUCGAUGAGGGCAUCGCGGUGGCCUUGGAUGUGAAGAGCAAAACCAGUAAGACCUCUCCCCCAACCACCCCAACCCCAAACUGGAACAGCACUGGGCGGGAUGGGUGGGGGGUGGGCUGCUGUGUUCCACCCACAGCCCCAAACACGGGGCACGGGGCUGCAGCUGGGCCAGGAUGGACGGAUGGAUGGAUGGAUGGAUGGAUGGAUGGAUGGAUGGAUGGAUGGGGGGUUGCUGUUUUUCCCCCACCCCACCCUCAAACAUAGAUAUGGGGCUACAGC